AUGUCUUAUAACUACGGCUCUGGAAACUUCUCCUCCCGCUCUUUUGGAGGUUACCUGGGCUACCCAGGUUCCACCUACGAGUCUUUCUGCCCCAACAACAUGGCCUACUCUCCCAGCAACUACCAGCCGGGGUCUCCAUUCUAUGGGGGCUGCCAGGAGACCUUCUGUGAAGCUGCCGGCUGCCAGACUCCCUGCACGGGGACCAGAUCCUUCCCAGCAUCCUGCUUACGCCCAAAGAAUAACAUCUUCUACAACCAGAUGAAUCACGCUGGAUCUCAAGGGUGUGGAAAUGCUGGCUUUGGGCCUUUUGGGUAUGGAUGCGCCGGCUUCCAAGCUCAGGCCGGUGGAGCCAGCCUCUGCCGUCCAAAUUACCUUCCUUCCAGGAGCUGCCAGUCAACUUGUUAUCAACCAGGGUUUGGCUCUCGCUUUUAUGGAUCAACUUACUGA